UUCUGCGUGCGCCAUAGUGAAAAUGGCGACGGUGAAUGUAAUGUAACGAGUGUAAUCUAAUUUUUACGUGUAGUGCAGUUAAUAAGUUUUCUAUAAAAACAAAUAUACUCCCGUUUACUUGAAUGAAAUGCAAAAAUGCAGAAUGCAGCACAAAGAUCUGCGACAGAUAAUUCAAAAAUAGAAAAAAUUAGUGUUAAUCAUCACGACAUAGGGAACUCGCCGUCGACUCCCCAUUCAUCCAACUCGAGUCCUGCAAAAUCAGAAACGGACACAUAUUCGGAACGUAGGCGAUUUAUGUCCGACACUUCGGAAAGCGAAGAGGAUAGUGUUUCAGAGGUGGAGUCGUUUGUUAUCGAUCAAGAGUUUGAGGAAGAUCCACAAGUAGAAGCGGCAAAGUUUUUGUUAAGUCCGGACGCGGAUAGAUCAGUCGAUCCUGAAACGCAAGCUCGUCUGGAGGCAUUACUGCAAGCAGCAGGUAUUGGCCAGUUAACAACAAAGGAUGGGAAAUUAGCUGACCCAGAAGUUCUGAGACGGCUAACUUCUAGUGUAUCUUGUGCUUUAGACGAAGCCGCAGCUGCUUUAACUCGUAUGCGUACAGACAACCCACGAACACAACCAGAAAAAACAUCAAUAGUGGAGGCAACUGUGGAUGGUGACGUUCGUACUGUUCGCAAAUUACUUGGUGAAGGUAGAUCUGUGCAUGAAACAUCUGAAGAAGGAGAGAGUCUCUUAUCGCUUGCUUGUAGUGCCGGAUACUUUGAAUUAGCGCAGGUUUUGUUAGCGAUGCACGCAAACGUUGAAGAUCGAGGCAUUAAAGGUGAAUGCACACCUUUGAUGGAAGCUGCUUCGGCAGGUCAUCUGGAUAUAGUUCGUUUACUUGUGGCACACGGCGCCGAUGUAAAUGCGCAGUCUUCUUCAGGGAACACACCACUUAUGUAUGGCUGUGCGGGCGGCCAUACGGAUGUAGUGAAAUUCCUGUUGGAGCACGGUGCUAACGUAGAAGAUCACAAUGAAAACGGGCACACGCCGUUAAUGGAGGCAGCAAGUGCGGGCCACGUGGAACUCGCUAAAAUUCUUCUAAUGCACGGGGCGGGCAUCAACACUCAUUCCAACGAAUUUAAAGAGUCCGCUCUAACAUUAGCCUGUUACAAAGGUCAUUUAGAUAUGGUGAGGUUUCUACUCGAAGCCGGUGCCGAUCAGGAACACAAAACUGAUGAAAUGCAUACCGCUUUAAUGGAAGCCUCGAUGGACGGGCACGUGGAAGUCGCAAGGCUAUUGUUGGAUUCUGGGGCUCAAGUGAAUAUGCCGACUGAUAGCUUCGAAUCACCUUUGACCCUCGCUGCGUGCGGCGGACACGUCGACUUGGCCAUGUUGUUAAUCGAGAGGGGGGCCAACAUUGAGGAAGUUAAUGAUGAAGGGUACACACCUUUGAUGGAGGCGGCAAGGGAAGGGCAUGAGGAAAUGGUCGCGCUUCUUCUUAGUCAAGGCGCCAACAUUAAUGCACAAACCGAUGAAACGCAAGAAACGGCGCUUACGCUGGCUUGCUGUGGAGGUUUCAGCGAAGUAGCGGAUUUCCUCAUAAAGGCGGGUGCCGACAUAGAGUUGGGAGCUUCGACGCCGCUCAUGGAAGCUGCUCAAGAGGGUCAUCUAGAUUUAGUAAAAUAUCUUUUAGAAAAUAACGCCAACGUACGUGCACAAACGCAAACAGGCGACACUGCCCUUACGUAUGCUUGCGAAAACGGUCAUACCGACGUCGCGGACCUGUUAUUACAAUUUGGAGCGGAUUUGGAGCACGAAUCGGAGGGAGGCCGAACACCGCUUAUGAAAGCUUGUCGAGCAGGUCACCUGUGUACCGUUCAGUUUCUAAUCUCCAAAGGCGCCGACGUUAACCGGCAAACAACUAACAAUGAUCAUACACCUUUGUCAUUGGCAUGUGCCGGUGGGCAUUUAACGGUAGUGGAAUUACUUUUAGCUCACCGAGCGGAUCCCAAUCAUAAGUUAAAAGAUAAUUCCACGAUGUUAAUUGAAGCGGCGAAAGGGGGGCAUACUACAGUUGUGCAAUUGUUAUUAGAUUAUCCUCAUUCCAUGAUGUUAAGUCAACAGGGUACUGUUGCGCCGAUACUGCCCGGCCAAGUCGGUAGCAGAGACUCUCCUCUUCCUACUGGCACAUUACCACCAAACCUGCCUCAGCCCGUAAAUUUCUUUCAACCACCGUCUAACGUUACGUCACCAGAAUUUUCAUCGGCUGUUCUACAAGAAGUUCCUGAAGCUGUACGGAUCUUACCCCAAGACGAUACAAACCAGAGUCAAUGUAGUGACACGGUUAACAAUCAACUUUCCACUACGUCGCCGACUCGUUCAAGUGAUUCUCAACCGACUAAAAUAACUAAUCGAAAAUCAACCUUACCUAAAAGUCUAUCUUCGAGCCUGGCAUCUCUAGAUGCCGAAAUAUCGCAAGUAGCUUUAAGAUCGUUAAGUUCGACCGAAGUUUCGCAGUUAACCUUACGAUCACAACCUUUACCUUUAAGCGAAUUAGAUGAUUCGGAAUUUCUAAGCGAGGAUUCUACAGUCGGGGGUGGAAUAAUUGAUUUUAUUAAGCGUAAAAAACAGCAUUCUAGCACUACGCCUCCGUUGACGGACGAAGGCACCACUCAAAAACAACAAAUACUUGAAGAACUUCACCAAGUGGAACGUGAUUUACACGGAAAACAGCAGGCUCGCAAUCACCUCCUACUGUCGCAGUUUGCAAUUCCACAAGAUCAGUGUACUAACAACGUCACGUCGACUCAACUGCCACACAUGUUAAAUUUGGAUGUAGCGGUCCAGCAGCAACAGCAAGAGUUAGGAUCGGGAAUGUCAGGUGCGGUAUAUCCCAAUGGCAAUUUGCAAGUGCACAAUGCCUUCUAUACAGGUGCAACAUGCCUGCAAUCUCCGGCAAUGCCUCUCAAGUUGUCCGUUGGAGCCGACGCUUCUGCUUCCAAUUUUACAACAAACCAAACGCCCGCCUACUUUUUCUCACCUUUGCCAGGAUCUGUCUCCGUUCCUUUGUCCACCGGCAGUCCGAGUGUUGUUUCUCAACCCUUAAAAUUCCAGACAGUUAGCUCUCACGCCGAGGUUAGCCAGAAUACUGCCAUAAGUGAUCGACCGAAAGCCAAACCGGCCAAAAAGGAAGGAAAGAACUUGCGUAAGCAACAAUAUCAACCGGCACUGUAUGGUCAACAGCAGCCUCAAGUAUUUAUGUCCAAAGUUCCUCUACAGCAGCAGCAACAGUCGCAGCAGCAGUUAACCGAAAAACCACUUAACGUUAGCGAGUCCCUGAACGUUCAGGGUCUCGACUUAGACGCGAUAGAACAAGAAUCUUUAGCGCUAAAGGAGGAAGCUCAACAGAACAGUCUAUUAACCGCUUCCAUACUUCAACAAUUCCACAACUCUCCCCAAAUCAAUACGAUACGAGCGGCUUUUGUGGCAUCAGCUCAACGUAAAACUUGUAUGGAAUUGUUUCACCGAGAAGCAGAAUCUACAACUGACGCUUAUUUAGAACAAAAAAGUAAAGAGUUAUUAGACAAGGAAGAUUUUACGUCCGAUCUGGUCGAGGAUGUAGUUCAAACUCUCGAGUCUUACAACGUCGACAAUGUCCAGAAUCAAGCAACUGCUCAACAUAAUUUACAAGUGCAACCUUAUCCGUCGACGUUGGAGGAAUCUAUGAUCGCCUCCUUUCAGGCUCAUCACGAGCUGGCUGCUCAAGCAGAUGGAUCUCGACUCGAAUAUUUCGUACCUGUCGCGAAUGGGGGUCAAUUACCAGUGCAGGUGCAACACUCGCUGUACCCUUACGAUCACUACCUGCAAGCGGUUGCUACCAUGUCCAAUAAAGAUCAAACCGGUGCAAUAUAUCAGGCCGGCUUUCAAGCGGGAAUGAAUAUUGUACAACAACUGGCUACUUCGGGUGAGACAUUAACAAAUGCUGCAGUCCCAAACACGAUCGCGACAAUAGCUGGCACCACGACACAACAGUAUGUCUCCUCGGUUCAACCGACGUGCGUUCCGGUACAGUCGGCAUGUUCCCAUAUACCUACCAAUACCAUGGUGCAAUCAUCGCAUCAUUGUCAGAUACCGUGCAGCCAGCAUCAGCAUUUACUAACCACCCACCAACAACAGCAAACCACACAUCAAGUGCAAGCAGCUACGCAAACACCGCAGGUGACGCCUGUCGCUGCAGAAACCAAAAAGCAAGGCAAAAGUGUGGCGGUUCAAGACGGUAUGAAAAUUAAAAAGGGUCGGUUGCUCCUGCGAAACCAGCAGCCACCACAACAGGGCGCUGCUUUUCAACAGUCGCAAAACCAGAACUAUCAAAUCGAUACCAACUCCGCCAUUACGCAGUACAACACAAACAAUCAGCAGUGUGUAACCGGUACCGUUCCGCCAGUCAAUUAUUGUAUGGACCUCGAUUCUGAAACUGAAAGUAAUCACGACACCGCCUUGACUUUGGCCUGUGCCGGCGGUCACGAGGAGCUAGUCGAGUUACUAAUAAAACGUGGCGCCGACAUCGAGCACAGAGAUAAAAAAGGAUUCACCCCCCUGAUCCUGGCCGCAACGGCCGGUCACGAGAAGGUGGUCGAAACACUACUGAAUAAUGGUGCCGAUAUGGAAGCUCAAUCUGAACGAACAAAAGACACCCCUCUGAGUUUGGCUUGCUCCGGUGGCCGAUACGAAGUGGUCGAGCUACUUCUCAAUCGGGGCGCUAACAGAGAACACCGUAACGUAUCCGAUUAUACGCCCCUUAGUCUGGCGGCGUCUGGCGGUUACGUGAAUAUAAUCAAGCUCCUAUUAAGUCACAGUGCGGAAAUAAAUUCCCGAACUGGUAGCAAGCUCGGAAUUUCGCCUCUUAUGUUAGCCGCAAUGAAUGGACACACUGCCGCUGUGAAAUUGCUACUAGAUAAAGGAAGUGACAUUAACGCCCAAAUUGAAACUAAUCGUAAUACAGCUUUAACGUUAGCCUGCUUUCAAGGUCGCCACGAAGUUGUCAGUUUACUUCUCGAUCGAAAAGCAAAUGUUGAACAUCGAGCAAAGACUGGUCUGACACCUCUAAUGGAAGCCGCCAGUGGAGGUUACGUGGAUGUAGGUCGAGUCCUAUUGGAUAAAGGUGCAGAUGUGAAUGCAACACCUGUGCCAUCUUCCCGAGAUACGGCCCUCACAAUCGCCGCAGACAAAGGUCACUGUCGGUUUGUCGAGCUUUUGCUGUGUAGAGGCGCUGCCGUCGAAGUAAAAAACAAAAAGGGUAACUCUCCACUUUGGUUGGCCGCUAACGGUGGCCAUCUUAGCGUUGUCGAACUCUUAUAUAAUUUAUCCGCCGAUAUCGAUUCCCAAGACAAUCGAAAAGUGUCAUGUCUGAUGGCGGCUUUUCGUAAGGGUCACGUUAAGGUGGUGAAGUGGAUGGUAAAUAACGUUACUCAGUUUCCGAGUGAUCAAGAAAUGAUUAGAUAUAUCUCCACCGUUAGCGAUAAGGAAUUGUUAGAGAAAUGCCAAGAGUGUGUGAAAAUCAUACGAGCCGCCAAAGAGACUCAAGCCGCAAAAGCGAACAAGAAUGCGAGUAUUUUACUAGAAGAAUUGGACAUGGAACGAAGUAGGGAGGAAUCGAAAAAGGCAGCCGCCGCGCGAAGGCGAGAGAGAAAGAAAAAGAAGAAACUGGAAAAACGGGAAGAAAAACGUCGCCUAACCGAAGAAAAUAAGAAAAACGAAAAAUACAUCGAAGAUGACGAUAAAAAUGAAGAUGAUGAUAAAUUUGAGGAUGAAGAUAAUAUCCAAGAUAUAACAGAAUCGGAAUCCCCAAUACACAAUGUUGAAACUGUCGAUAAAGAAGAGGGUGAUAGUGGAAUUGAUGCAAAUAGUCAGGGAAGUUGCUCAAGCAAUGAUGUAAAAACUAAAGAAAAACGCAAGGAGAAGAAAAAGAAAAAGUGCACCCAAACAUCUUCGAGUUUAAAAAAGGAAGACUUUCACGAUCCGAGGUGCAGUACUACGCCCUCCAGCUUAAGUCAAACUAAAGCGCAUUCUUCAAAAGAAUUGACAGAGAGGCGAAACGACAAGAGCAGCGAUGCCCAAGCAAAAAUUGCGCGAGGCACUCAAAACAUUAAGAAAGGUUUAAUUUUCGAAGCGACUCGACAUCCCGCCGAGCGAGACGAUUUUGAGGCGACGGGAAACGAAGCUUACACCGGCUCACGAAGCAAAAAGGGGCAGCAUGACGCCGAAGUGCAAUUGAUAGCUUCAAAAACCAGUCCGAAGCAAUCGAGUAAAAGAGACGAAGGUUGGAAGGAAGUUGUUCGGAAAUCGUCCGUACAAACCGUCACCACUACAGAAUCCGGCGUGAAAAAGGUUUCCGUACCUCUAAAUGCUAUAUCUAGAGUAAUUGGUCGUGGCGGCAGUAAUAUUAACGCAAUUAGAGGAGCGACCGGUGCUCACAUUGAAGUCGAGAAACAGAGUAAGGGUCAAGGUGAAAGGAUUAUUACUCUGAAGGGAUCUUUGGAUGCAACUAAACAAGCUCAUUUGCUAAUUGCCGCUUUGAUCAAGGACCCAGAUGUAGAUAUUCUGCAAAUGUUACCAAAAACAAACAAGUUAACUACUACGACUACUACCUCCCUGUGGGAUAAAACCCAGAUAGGGACAAAAAAGGUAGCGGGUAAAGUUGUCAAUACAUCAUCAGCCGUUACUACUAUAGCGUCGACGCAACAAAAAAGCAUUACAGUUAUCUCCUCUUCGUCAGUAAUGCCCCAAAGAUCUCUCACAAUAAUUAAACCUAGAGGAACAACAAUAGCAACGGCGCCACGUGUAACCGCUCCCCGUCUUGUAGCACAAGCUGAACGGAACGCAGCAGCACAGUUGGCAUCCACCACGAAAAAUACAAUGUCCUACACUACUGCAAUAAUGACGACAUCUCGGGCGACAACUAAAAUAGUUACAACAACUGCCACUCAAACUUUCGCCGCUAAACUAACAGAAAGUACUUCGACUAGUCAACUUCCCACAACUCAAUCCUUACAAAAGUCGAGACCUUCGCAGUGUUUAAAUGUGCCACAGGGAAUUGUUGGAGCGCCAACGGUGCAAACAUCGAGCACAAUUAUUCACGGUCAAGGAUCACCAAAGCAUCAUCGUCCCACACCUACGGCAUCCGCACCGCCUACUAUGCAACAUUUCCAAACUACCGGAAAGUUUCCCUCUUUCGCCACUCCUACCACUCAAGUAUCGAAUAUUUGUAGUGGAGUGGAGAUGAGAACACACAGUCCCAUACUACAACAGGCAACGUUAAUCCCAGUAACUUCGUCACAUGUGGAAACGAUACAACCGACAUCCAUUUCAAAUGUGACGACCACCCAAGAGUAUUCACUUUUUAACUCCAUGGCGCAACAACCGACCUGGAGACAAGAAACUGAAUCUCACAAACCGAUUAAUUUUGCCGCAGUUACCGGCGGCAAUACGUCUCAAGUUCCUCCGAGUAAAUUUGUGGAUAAUGAUCCGCCUCCGCAAGUUGACGCCUCGAAAGCGCCAGGUUACAGAGGAGCCGCGAUGGGUUCGCCUGUUUCAUCCAAAACUAGCAGCAACAGCACGACACCUCCAAGUUUACCUUUAAGUUCGGCAUCUAAUUAUCCUACUUAUCCUGAACAACCAAAAACGCAACCCCUUCCCCCAAUUGGUACAAAUAUCAUGCAUAAUCGAUCAGUUGCUCAAACAAACCAACACGAUAUCGCGAACAGUCAUUACUACCCAAGUUCCGAUUUACCUUCACGUUCCAUGCAGCAUCUGGCCCAUUCGGACACCAACUUAUAUAAGACUGGAUCUACCGGGUACCCAGAACAGACUCCUAUAAAUAUGUUGAAUAUUCCAGUUGCGGAUUCGCAACCGCACUUGUUGUCAUCUUACCAUCAGUCGAAUUCCAUGCAACAUCUCAAUUAUUCUCAAUCUCAGCAGCAGCAGCAGCAACAAUCCGUGCAAAUCAGUGCGACGCCGGUCAGUAUGUCGAGAUUAAACCCGAAAGCGCCGGACUUCUCUGUACAUACGAUAUCCAACAAACCGCCGCAGAUGUAUAACGGGUAUGCGAUGGGAAAUAAUCAAAACAACUCGCUGCAUACCAUGAAUAAAUCUAGUAUGAACAACUACCACAGAUCGGCGAUGAACAAUCCUCAGCAAAAUCGCUGGCAUUUACUCCAAAUGCAGCAGCCCUUCACUCCACAGCAAACCGAAUUGAUUAGCGGAAUGGCGGGCAUGACCUUACAUAACAUUGCCAGAGCGGCAGGUGGUGAAAUCCUCGAAAACGGCGGAGAACUAAACACAGUGAGCAACUCGCCUGCUAUGUCCCCAAACUUACCACCGGCUCAUAAUCUACAUCCCAACGAUGGGCAUUACAUGGAAGACCGUAAACAACCGCAACCUAUUGGCACCGAACGGGCUCGCAAGACCCAAAAUCCUAACAUGGAUAACAACUGGAUGAUGUCAAACGAUUCGAAAAUGAUGGUCGGCCGCCAAUGGACGGGAUCAAACAAUAUCGAUCGAUAUCCUAUAUUACGAAACCAAAUGGAUGCGGAUUACAUUUCACAUCCGUUAGACUCAUUCCAGCAUGGAAUGCCAUUAGAAAAUCCUCACAAUUACGCUAGCGGGGCGCAGUUCCCCACUUACCUGCUUCAACAACAGAUGACAACAAUGCGCCCACUCGAUUUCGUUCCCAACGAUCCGCUAAAGAUGGAACUGCCACAAUGGGAAACAUCGCGCCCAAACAUGACUGAUUUACAAGAAAAACCACACGGUUGGCCGGGUUUGACCAACAAGUGGAACCAAUAAAUUAAUUUACAACAAAUAGAAUUUCGUACUAUAAGCGUUUUUAAAGUCCAUUUAUCCUGAAAUUAGCUUUCUAUCUUUGUGAUGUUUGGGAUACAAAUUUUGCAGUAGUAUUGAAUCGUAGUUUUGUUCAAAUUUUUGUACCCAAAUGUGUGCAUGUUAUACGAACAGCGCCAACUUUACCAGCGAGACGCGUAAUAUAAUUGAAUUGUUAAUGUAAUCGAUACCAGUCGAGGUUGUCCUACUUGUAGUACAUAUUUGCAUGUCUCAUUUGUUUUGAUAACUGCUUAUAGUUUAUCACUUUUACUUUUUCUGUAGCAGAUUUUAAACAUGAUUGAUAUCAGCUUCGUUAGUGGUAAACAGUCGAGCUGAUCCAAUUGGAGUUAGACAUAUAAUACUAAACACAAAAUAUAUAUUGUAGUAGCGCAGUGGUGUUGAGGGAUUGGCGAUAGAGGCAAAUGUUUUAAUCAUCAUGUGGAAUAUAAUUAAUUUGUUCUCUAUUUAUAUUUAAUUUUAUUUCUAAGUGCAGUGUUGUACGCAGCACAUUUGAGUUGCGCAUAGCACAAACACUAUGGGUAUCGCUGACUCCCAUGAAUAUGUAGGGUUAUAAUUAUACGGAAUAUGUAAUAUUGCUUGUACAUGAAGACUUAAAUAUAUCUUUAUGCACUGUAAA